AUGAGCCAAGGUAUUCACGCUUUUUGGAAGGGCCAAGGCGACAGAGACCAAAUCAGAAAUACGCAGGCCAAGAUAAUGAAGCAAUAUAUGGACGCAGAGGCAGACCCGUGCCAUGACUUCUAUCAGUACGCAUGCGGUAACUGGGCUGCACUCAAUCCCAUUCCAGCUGAUAAAGCAGGGUACGAUACAUUUGAAAUGCUCAGGGAAAAUUUAGAUACUGUCCUAAAAGAUUUAUUGGAAUUCAAAAGACUACCAACACGUGAUUAUUUCCUCCAAAGUUCAAAUCGAGUAUAUUUGGAUGCUUACAAGAACUAUCUUAUUAAAAUUGCUAUACUGCUCGGAGGUGAUCCAGAUCACGUUAAAAUAAGUGCGGAUAAAUUAAUUGAAUUUGAAAUAAAACUAGCAAAGAUUACUUCAGCACCAGAAGACAGAAGAAAUGUAUCGGAGCUGUACCGUAGAAUGCCACUGCGAAAAUUGGAAGAGCUGGUUCCUCAAGUAAAGUGGAGACGAUACUUGUGUGUGGUGAUGAACAGAACCGUAGACCCCAAUGAAACUGUUGUACUAUUUGCACUUUGUUAUGUCAGGCAUUUAGUUAAAUUGAUAAAAGAGACUGAACCGAGCACUUUAGCAAAUUACCUGCUCUGGAGAUUUGUGAGACACAGGGUCAACAACCUCGACGACAGAUUUCAGUCUGCGAAGCAACAAUUUUAUUUCAUUCUAUUCGGACGCGAGCAAGCACCGCCGCGAUGGAAGAACUGUGUAUCACAAGUCAAUUCCAAUAUGGGUAUGGCCCUAGGCUCCAUGUUUGUGAGGAAAUACUUCGACGAAAUGAGCAAGAACGAUACUUUGUACAUGACGAGGGAAAUACAGCAGUCGUUCAGAGAACUUCUCCAUAUGACCGAUUGGAUUGAUGACAAGACGAAAAAAUUAGCUGCACAUAAAGUUGAUGCUAUGAUGCUCAGAAUAGGGUACCCAGACUUCAUACUGAACAAGAAGGAAUUGGAUGAUAGGUAUAAGGAGGUGAGAAUACACCCGGACAAAUAUUUCGAGAAUAUUCUGAAUAUACUUCAACACUUGACUAAAAUGGAGCAAGCUCGUAUCGGACAACCAGUAAACAAAACUCUGUGGAACACUGCCCCGGCUGUUGUCAACGCCUAUUAUAGCAGAAACAAGAACCAAAUUAUGUUCCCAGCUGGCAUCCUGCAACCACCGUUUUACCAUCGACAUUUCCCGAGGUCACUGAACUAUGGCGGGAUUGGUGUUGUUAUAGGUCACGAGAUAACCCACGGGUUCGACGACAAGGGUCGUCUGUUCGACUGUGACGGUAACCUCCACCGCUGGUGGUCGGACUCUGCGAUCGAGGCCUUCCACCGACGUGCGCAGUGCCUCAUAGACCAAUAUGGAAGAUACGUGGUACCCGAAGUCAAUAUGAAGCUAGACGGUGUCAAUACACAGGGUGAGAACAUAGCCGACAAUGGUGGCGUGAAACAAGCGUUCCGGGCGUACCUGCACUGGGUGCAGCGACACGGAGUGAAAGGCGAGACGCUGCCAGGCCUCAACCACACACACACGCAGCUGUUCUUCCUCAACUUUGCUCAGGUAUGGUGUGGUGCAAUGCGUCCAGAAGCGAUGCGCAACAAAUUAAAGACAGCGGUUCACUCGCCAGGCCGGUUUCGAGUCAUCGGCACGUUAUCCAACUCACACGACUUCGCCCGGGAGUUCCAAUGUCCUCCUGGGUCCCCAAUGAACCCAAAACAUAAAUGUACUGUUUGGUGACAAAACCAUCAUGAAGAGACAGUUAUAUUAUUACUAUGA